GCAUAUUUACCCUCUCAAUUUUCGCGCCACUCUUUUUUGCUUCGAGUCAACACCUCAAGUCCGCUUUACUUCUCCAAGACCAAUCCUUGAAGGUAAGCGUUGAAGCCAGGGAGGCGGGGGGGCGAGUAGGCACGCCUAGAGAGUCGUUUCUUUCGUUUUUCGUGUCUUUUUAAGGCUUAUGCACGUACUAACAUCCUCUUGUCCACGUGCGAGCUUUUGCAUGUUUACCUCUCCAUUUCUGCGUGAGAGCUUUUGGAUCCUGCUGACGUUUCAAGACGAGCCAACAAGUCAACGAGUAUCUGCAUCAAUUCAACACCUCCUACUUGCUUCCUCACAAGCCAAGACCUUGCUUCCUCGGAAAGGUUAAGUGUUGAAACGAGGGAGGUGGGGGGGUGAAUAGCCCGCCUCGAGUGUCUGAUAUUCAAUUUCGUAUGUCGUUUUUUCAAUUCUUGCAUGCAAUGCAACUAACCGUUUCUUUCGGGUCCUUUUUCCUCUUGCAUGUUCGCUUCUUGCAGAUUCAAAUGAAGACGCUGAAGACCGCCCUUGCUGCUCCAGUCAACGUCCUCGCUGCUUCAACCAGCGCUGAGUGGCCCUCUAUGGUCGCAAUGGCCUCCACUCAAUAUCCCUGCGCCUCCAUUCGACACUGCUGCUCCAGUCAACGCGGGUGCUCCAGUCAACGCGCGUGUUGCAGUCAACGCGGAUGUUGCAGUCAACGCGGAUGUUGCAGUCAACGCGGAUGUUGCAGUCAACGCGGAUGUUGCAGUCAACGCGGGUGUUUCAUUCAUGACAACACGGGCGCUCCGGUGAACGCGGUUGCUGCUGCAGUCAGCGCCCCUGCUACUCCAGUCAAGGCUGAGUAUCUCUUUACACUCAAUUCUUUCUUGCAUCUCACACCACUCUAGCUGCGUGUAGCACACCCUAGCCCCCCCACCUCUCAGGUUCAGACUACCGGGUGAAUAUCCCCCACUGCAGGUAAGUACCCCACCCCCAACCCCUCCCCCCCCCCCGGUGCAAAACUUCAAUCCUUGGUACAGGUUCGGCCUUGGUAUGGUAAGCCUAAGGGUGUGCUACAACAGCGAUGCUUUCAUCAUGGCUCAUUUGCAUUCAUCCGUUUGUCCUUUGCAUUUUUGCAUUCAUCCGUUCGUCCUUUGUUUGCUUCAGCUUCAGCUUCUGACGUUAUCCUCCUUUGUUGUCACUUGGACUGAUUGUGUUUCUUAUCCUCCCCCUCCCUUCCCCCUUCCCCCUGGCAGUUCGCUGCUAUUUUAAGGCAAAGCUGUGGUGUUCCAGUCAACGUGGGUGUUCAAGUCAACGUGGGUGUUCUAGUCAACGCUGUGGUGUUCCAGUCAACGUGGGUGUUCUAUUCAACGCUGUGGUGUUCCAGUCAACGCUGUGGUGCUCCAGUCAACGGUGUACUGCUCCAGUCAACGCUGUGGCGCUCCAGGUUAUCCCCUGAUCCUUGCUGGAAUCACCUUCAUCUACUAAAGACACAGAAGACCUCGCUGCCUGCUGCUGCUGGGCCCUUCCACUGGCGGCCUUCCAGUGUUGGCUCCAAGUUCUGAGUUUUGAGGCAGCAGCACCCAACUCCGGCACUCGCAGACAAGUAUCAGCACACCUCCAUGACUCCCUCACUGCUUCAGCAACUUUUCCUCGCUUUAUUCAUUCAUCUCCCAUGGCCCCCAACUGCCUGUCGCACAUCCGAGGGUCCCCAGGUAGGUAUCAGGUUCAGACUGAAAUAUGAGGUAUUCCUCCCACUGCAGGUGCAAAAUUUCUCCAAGUGAAUGGUAUCCCCUUGGGUGUGCUACAGCUGGUAUCCCCAUUGCUCUCAUUCCCGCUGCUCACAUCACCCUUGCUGCUGUCGUCGUUCUCCUCUUGCCCCUCUAACGACCCUAACCUCCCCACUCCCCCGGUUCCCCUCCCCCUCCUCAUCGUCUCAGUUGUUUGUUCUCAAGUCUUGGCUGCCUUCUCUGAAGACCUGCCGGUCUCUUUCUGCUGCUGCCCUUCCACUGGCGGCCUCUGGUGCGGAAAGGGCACCAAGUUCUGUUCUGAGGCAGCAGCACCUAACUCCCAACCAAGGCACCACCCCUACAUGGACCGUCGCUUGCAGAUAAGUAUUGGCACACCUCCAUGACUCCCUCACUGUCGUUUUCUCGCCUUUUUCAUGCAUCUACUGCCUGUAGCACACCCAGGGCCCCCCCAGGUAUCAGGUUCAGACUCCAGGCGAAGUGCUUCCGCAUCCAGCUGUACUCGUUUCUAGUGCUUCACUAUAAUUUCCUGGUUGGACUAACUUCGUUUCUCUCCCAUCCCCUCCUACAGGUUCCCCUUGAAGAACUCAUGAAAGGCAGCAAUGGGUGCUGCUGCUGGUGCUGGAGGUGGUGGAAGUGGUGGUGGCGGUGGUGCUGGUGCUGGUGUUGGGAGUGGUAGAAGGGGGGGGCGUGGUGGUGUGAGUGGGGUUGUGGGUUAAUCUCAAGCCUGGGCCCAAUACCUGCACGUUAAAGCAUAAAGGACAGCAACAGACCGUGCGGCCGGCGGUUCUGGUUUGGUCCCCUCUUGCUACGUCAGUGAGGGGUUCAGGUUUUGAGGUUAGCUCACAGCCCUUCUGGUGGUGGUGGUGGUGCCGGGUGGUUGCAGUGGAGGGGCGGUGAGAUUUCCUGGGUAAGGGGAGGGCAUGGAAGGGGAAGGGGGUUGAAGUCUCCAGGGUAAGGGCAGGUGGGGGGAGGGGGGCUGAAACCCCCAGGUUGAAGCGAGCAAUGGGCAGAGGAACCCCCCUCUUCUGCCUUUUGCUCGCUUCAACCUGGGGAAUUCAACCGCCCUCUCUUGCCGCACUCGCCUUACCCUGGAGGGUUCAGCCCCCUUGGCCUUCCUUGCUCUCCCAUCACCCAGGGAGUUUCACCCCCUCUCCAUUGCCACUCCCUUGCCUUGCCCUCCUCUUCCUCGGGUGGUUUGGAGAGGUGGUGAGAUGAUGUGGGGUGGUGGUGGUGAGGUGAUGUGCUAUCAUGCUAUGGCAUGCCACACUGGCGACAAGGAUGGGGGCUCGCAGUAGUGGUGAGGGGAGCUCGAUCGACCAUGCAGUGGGAUCAAAUAUUGUACCUAGUCCACAAGGGCUGGUAACUAAUUUUGCUGCCUGUUUCAAUGUAUACUAGAGCUCCAGCAUUUUAAUGGACCAUGAAUUGCUGCUCCGUAGCUGAAAAUUGUUCUCAUGAAUUGUGCUGAGUUUUUUACGAAGUGUA